AUGCUCCUCGCAGCAACGUCGCGUUUCAUCUUCCUUUCUUGCUCUCCAUCUUCCACCGCGGCAGCAGGAUCUGUCUUCACUAGCCAAGCAAGCUCUUUGCGACCCGCACCACCUCGACUUUUCGGCCUCUGCUUCCUCCACACCCCACUUCGCACCUACGCCAGCAAGAAAAAGAUGCCUCCCAAGAAGGAAGUGAAGCAGGAGAAGCUGCUGCUGGGACKUCCUGGCAACAGCUUGAAGAGUGGGAUUGUCGGUCUCGCCAAUGUCGGAAAGUCGACAUUCUUCCAGGCCCUCACCAAGUGCUCGCUCGGUAACCCCGCCAACUUCCCAUAUGCGACCAUCGAUCCGGAAGAAGCGCGUGUCAUCGUGCCGGAUGAGCGCUUCGACGCACUGGUCGACAUGUAUAAGCCCAAGUCGAUUGUACCGGCAAAUCUCACAGUCUACGACAUUGCUGGCUUGWCACGUGGUGCCUCCACUGGCGCAGGUCUUGGAAAUGCCUUCCUGUCUCACAUCAGAGCCGUCGACGCCGUCUUCCAGGUCGUCCGAUGUUUCGACGACGCGGAAAUCAUUCACGUGGAAGGAGACGUUGACCCAAUCCGAGAUCUAGACAUCAUUAGUGAGGAGCUGCGCAUCAAGGACAUUGAGUUUGUCGAGAAGGCGCUCGAUGCCUUGGUCAAGCAGACUCGGAGAGGCGGACAGUCACUGGAGAUGAAGAAGCUCAAGGAGGAACAGGCCACUGUGGAAAAGAUCCUCGCGAUGCUCAAGGACGGAAAGGACGUACGAAAGGGCGACUGGGGUCCAAAAGAGGUCGAGGUCAUCAACCCGCUAUUCCUGCUGAGCGCCAAGCCAGUWGUGUUCCUCGUCAACCUCAGUGAGCGUGACUAUAUUCGCCAGAAGAACAAGCAUCUUCCCAAGAUUGCUGAGUGGGUGAAGGAGCAUGCAACUGGCGAUCCAAUCAUUCCCAUCUCCGUCUGCUUCGAAGACCGCCUCACUCGUUUCGAAAACGAUGAGGAAGUCGCAGAAGAAUGCAAGAAGCUGGGCACAAAGUCUGCCCUACCCAAGAUUGUUACCACCAUGCGAAAAGCGCUCAACCUCGGCUCCUUCUUCACGACCGGGCCAGAUGAAGUGCGUCAAUGGACGAUUCGCAACGGUACCAAGGCGCCGCAAGCRGCCGGAGUAAUUCACGGCGAUUUCGAGAAGACUUUUAUCCAAGCAGUCGUGUACAACUACAAGACGCUAAAGGAAGAGGGCGACGAGGCUUCGGUCAAGGCCAAGGGUAAAGUUAUGACCAAGGGCAAGGAUUAUGUUGUCGAGGACGGAGACAUUCUACUCAUCAAGGCAGGCGCCGCCAAAGCAUGA